AACAGAGAGGAUAAGAUGAUUUUGACCAUCGUGGUGUCUAAUUUCUUUGUCUGAAUAAAGAACACGUGUUUAUUAUCUCUAUACAUUAUCUCUAUACAUGCUUGAAGCUCUUGAAGGUUGUUUUUCUUGACUUUCUACGUUUAGCUUCCAAUCCCUAGAAAACAAUCGAAGCAAGAACAGCCUUCCAUUUCACAUUGACCUGUGUUGGAUUAGCUAAUUCCUCAAAUAUUGGGACACAAGGACAUCACUAGAUUUCUGAGGUGUUGAUAUAUCAGGAUGCAGCUCAUGCUGAUUGGUGAUGUUACUUCCCUGCAUAACUGGUUGAACUGGAGGGUCCUUCUCUGUGCAGUAUGGGUCUUGACACCCAUGGUUAUGGCAUCAUAUUGGAUAUGGAAGUAUGAGUGCUUGGACCUUUCAAAAACUGACAAAGAAGGUACUUGGCGAGGGAGAGUUUUGUAUGAUGAUGAAGCUUGGAGGCCAUGUGUGAAAGAAAUUCAUCCCAUCUGUUUGUUGGUUUACCGAAUUAUCUCAUUCUGUUUGCUACUUUGGACGCUCAUUCUUGAAGUUAUUUAUCACGGAGGUGGCAUAUUUUACUAUUAUACUCAGUGGACUUUAACUUUGGUGACCAUCUAUUUUGGGCUUGGAUCAGUGAUCUCCAUUUAUGGAUGUUACCUGCACAACCAAACAUGUAGGGGGAUCAAUAUUAAUCAUGUGGGGAUAGAUGCAGAGCAAGGACUAUAUGCGCCUCUCACGUGUGGGGAAACUGUGAAUAGAGUCGGAAUGGAAGAAAACUUGGGUAUUCAGGGGAAAAAUUAUGUUCUUCGAACUGCAGGCAUUUGGUGCUAUGUUUUUCAAGUUAUCUUCCAGAUGAAUGCUGGGGCGGUGAUGCUUACUGAUUGCAUUUAUUGGUUCAUUAUUUUCCCUUUUCUUACUAUCAAAGAUUACGAUCUGAAUUUUUUAACAGUUGUAACUCAUUCACUAAAUGCCAUUUUGCUCCUUGGUGACACAGCUUUAAAUUGCUUGCUAUUCCCCUGGUUUCGGAUUUCUUACUUCAUUCUCUGGACGGGUGUUUAUGUAAUCUUCCAGUGGACUGUUCAUGCCUUUGCAUCAAUAUGGUGGCCAUACCCAUUUCUUGACUUAUCACGACCAAGUGCUCCAUUAUGGUACUUGUUGGUAGCAUUGUUGCAUAUCCCAUGCUAUUGUGUCUUUCUAUUGAUUAUGAAAACAAAACACUACUUGUUGUCUAGAUGGUUCCCUCAAUCUUACCAAUAUUUGAGAUGAGAUAAAACCUUGGACUUUGUCACUCCUUCCGAGAUGUAUUUGUCAGAUGCUUCCGUCAUUUUUCCAUUGGUAGUCUGGGAAAGAGAAAAUGGUGAAAGAAUUUGUUUAGAUGUUGAAGCAACGUCAUGAACAAAUCCUGAAGAAAGGAUCUCUCUCUCUCUCUCUCUCUCUCUCUCUUGUUUUUGUUUCUUUUUCCCUUCUGGGGGUUGCUCAUUUCCCUCAUUCUUAGGGUCGUUGCUUUUGUAUACUUCUUCAUGGAGCUGGUUGGCUCCGAACUUUAAUCACUAACAAGUUCAAAAACUGUGUUAAUCCAGGUACAUUCUCCUGUGUAAGAGCCAUACAAGUAUUCAUUUAUUGAAUCCCACUGGAUGUCCUAACCUUAUCUAUUCCUUUUCUUUUUAGUCCACUCUUUUUUAGUGAGAAAAUGUUGCACCACAAUUGGGUGAAAGGAACGGCAUUGAUGCUGGUGAUUUCUCUUUUAACAAUUUGCUGUGACCUGAUUUGCAUUAACCUACUUUUUAAGAAUUCGUGCAGAAACCGUCUGUUGAAGAGGCUAUAAAUCUUUUUAAUGUAACACCUACAUGAUCUUUUAAUUGUUAGCCAUAGUCUUUUAUUUUAUUUAUUUAUUUAUUUUUUCU